AAUUGUGACAACUGAGGAAGUUUAUUUCAUUGUUACCAUAACUGAAAACAAGGAACGAGUCAUUUUAGCCAUUUCUGUUAAUCUUUCGUUUUGAAAUAAACUCUUAGGCGAAAAUGUAUUCUGGCGAAAAUAAAAUAAGUUUGGCCGACCUUUAGUUAAAAAAAAGUAAUUCGUUUCAUUAUGGAUCCUGUGUUAAAAGAGAAAAACGAACACUUGUUCUCCCUUAAAGUGAUGUGUUUAACCAGGCCGUCUUUUAUCACACCUACAAUAAUCACAAGUGACCAGAAAGAUCUACCUGGGCAGUUAUUUAACGAUAUCCUCAGAAAGGACAUAACCACUGUACCAGGAAGUGAAACAAUUGCAGCCAGCAGUUUUCUCUUACUUCCUCAGAGCUUUAAGGAUAUUUAUUUAGGAGAAACAUUUUCUUGCUAUGUUUGUAUCCACAACCACAGUAAUCAUGUAGUGAAAGGUGUUACUUUAAAGGUGCAUUUAGAAACUCCAAAAGAGAACUGCUUCAGGAUCAUUAAACAGCCUAAGGAUCCUAUUGAUUUAGCCGCUGGAUGUAAUAUAGAUGAGGUUAUACACCAUGAAGUAAAAGAAAUUGGAAAUCAUGUUUUGCUGUGUGAAGUUAAUUAUCGUUCUGUGGCUAUUCCUGAUGAAGAUAAAUCAUUAAAAAAAACUUUUCAAUUUAAAGUGCAUAAACCUCUUGACAUUAAAACAAACCUGUAUGCAUCUGAGCCAGAAGAAAUAUAUCUCGAAGCCGAAGUGCAGAAUAUAACAUCGGAUUAUAUGGUUUUGGAGAACGUAUUGCUAGAAGCAUCACCACUUUUCAACGUUGAAAAUCUUAGUACACAACAAAAGAUUGAUUCGUUAAAUUUGAAUAUCAUGGCUUCUGAAGAAAGUAAACAUUUCCUGUACUGCAUGACACUCAAAAAUUAUCAAAAUAACCGAAAUUUAAAAGCUAUGACAGACAAAGUAAUAGGCAAAUUGGACAUAGUCUGGCGUUCUAAUCUCGGAGAAAAAGGACAUUUGCAAACAUCGCCAAUUCCUAAAAAACCUUCAGAUGUUAAAGAUUUGCUUUUGGGCAUAGAUGAAUUGCCAAGCUUGGUCUAUCUUGAAGAAAUGUUUAGUAUUACAUUGAGGUUAUCAAAUAUUACUCAACUUGCAAUGUCUCCAGUAUUAUUACUUGAACAAAUCGGUGGCCUGGCAUGGUGUGCUACAUCCGGUGUUUUUAUAGGAGAACUCCCUGCUGGUGAAUCAAAAACAGUUACCUUAAAAAUUAUACCUUUGAAACCAGGCCUUCAGACAAUAACUGGUAUUAAAAUCAAGGAUUCAAUAACCAACAUUGAUUAUGAUUUUAAAGACGUGUCCCAAGUGUAUGUGAUAAAAAAGUGACUUUGAAUUGUUAAAAAAUUAUUUCUAAUUAUGUGCAUAUUUUGUAUACUAUGUCUAAGAAAAUUAUGUUAUUAAUGUACAAUUAUAAUAAUACAAAAUACACAUACAUUCCUGGUA